UCUGACAUAUUUUGACCGGAGGCAAUACUGUACAUGUACAAAUGUCACGAAAAUCUUCAAAGAGUGUUUGAUGUGUUGGAGUUUAUUUAUUUUAUCCAUAUUUUAUUGUGUUAAAGUAUAUUGGAUAUAAUAUCAAACAUGACCUCGUUUGACACUAAAUACGAUAUGUACCCAGCUGGGGAUGUAGGGGUUGUGGAGGGUGAGAUGAACAUCCCCACCAGGGGUGUACCUUCAGGAGACAGUAUGGAGUUCAACACUCUAGAUGAACCCAUCAAAGAAACAUUUCUUCGAGAUCUGAGAGCAGUGGGAAAUAAGUUUUACCAUGUACUAAUUCCUAGAGAGAAGUCUAGCUUGUUAAAGGAAUGGGAUCUCUGGGGACCUUUACUGCUGUGCACCCUGAUGGCCACAAUCCUGCAAGGCACAGAGGUAGCUGACAACACCAAUGAUGGUGGCCCAGAGUUUGCUGAAGUAUUUGUAUUAGUUUGGAUCGGAGCUGCAGUUGUUACAUUAAAUUCUAAACUGCUUGGUGGUAACAUUUCAUUCUUCCAGUCGGUGUGCGUGCUGGGAUACUGCAUGUUCCCGGUGGCUCUGUCGCUGGUGGUGUGUCGCGUGAUACUCUUCACCACACAGACCACCUUCCUCUUCUUCCUGAGGCUCGUCAUAUCCAUGAUCGGAUUCAUUUGGGCCACUUUUGCCGCGACAAAGUUCCUGGGCGACAGUCAGCCGGAGGGGAAGAAAGCGUUGGCAGUAUACCCCAUCUGCCUGUUCUACUUCAUCCUGUCGUGGCUCGUCGUGUCGCACAGUAACGUGUAGAACAUUGUGAUACAGACUGUCUAGUGGCUAGCGUAAUUUGUGAAUAUGUUUAAUUAAGUGGAUCACCCCUUGACUGUACUUUAAUAAUGUAUUUAUUUUAAAACACGUCAUCGAUGUUCCGUUCUUUUGGACACCUAUAGCAUUAUAAUGGCACAAUGUAAACAUUCCAGUUUAAGUAACAUCGACUCGUUCGGUCAGUACUUCUUAAGAUUGUAGAUGAUCGUUUUUGUAUAUAUUAUACCUAUUAUUAUUAAUUAAAACAAAUAUUUUACGUC